AUGUCCAACAGCCUGGAAGCAAAGAUCGUGGUCCUCGGUAGCCAAGGAGUUGGAAAAACUUCUCUCGUCCACCGAUAUGUCAAAAACGCUUUUACACCUCCCACGACACAGUCCACCGUGGGUGCUUCCUUCUUGACGAAGAGGGUUGUGGAUAUCGACACCUCCACAGUGGUUCGGUUACAGAUAUGGGAUACCGCAGGCCAGGAGCGCUUCCGGUCCAUAUCCAAGCUGUAUUAUAGGGGCGCAAACGCUGCGGUAUUAUGUUACGACAUCACCGAUCCAUAUUCGUUCGAGGAAAUGGGCCGCUGGUUCAAGGAACUCAAGACAAACCUCGGAGAGGACGUGAUCCUCCAUGUGGUAGGAACAAAGUCAGACGUCGUAGCCGAAGACCCUACCAAGCGAAAAGUGCCCUUCGAGCGCUGCAUCGAAUACGUCGCCGAGAACCUCCAUCCCACACAAACCGGUCAACCACACAGUGCUGCAGCAAGCGGUUGGGGCUCUGUACCGGCAGCCUUCCACAGCGGUAUGGCGUCGCCACAGAGCAACCGAUCGAGCGGCUUCUGGGGACAAGACCUGGGCUGGGACUGUUGUCAUGAGAUCAGCGCCAAAGAUGGCGAGGGUGUAGACGAAGUCUUUCGCGUGAUCACCCGCAAGCUCGUGGAACAGCAGCAGAAGAAGCUCGAGGAAGAACAACGGCAGUACGCCAUGGCUGGGGUGACACCAGCCAUGGACAACAACGGUAAUGUCGCUGGAUACUUUGAUUACCCUGGAACGGGUAAUGGAAGCUUCCGCUUAGGCACUGGCGACAAGAGGCGAAGCUGGCUGGGCUUCCCUACUACACCCAACGUCGCUGGACAUCAGCAAGAUUGGGAAGAAGACAUCAACCGCGCGCAGAAGAGCAAGAGUGGCAGGUUUCUGAGCCUUCUGAGAUUGACCAACACAGUCGAAGACUUCCCUAGAGGAUAUCCAAGCCUGGCAGCGUUUCAAUCCAGUAAACCGGAGUUCUCCAUCUACCGAUCUUUCCACUAUCUCCACUGGCGUGUUAUAUUGGAGCUACAGGAUCAACUCUGUGAGCUUGAAGACGACCUUGCACUAUUGGAUGACUUUGAUGCACAGUCUGCAGAUCAGCAGCAAAGAAAUCGAAUCAGGUCGCGCCGUGCGGACGCAGAUAUAGCUCGCCUAGAGUACCAAAAUCGUGAGAACCUUACAGACGUUGGCCGGUCCGUCAAUGCAGGAGAAAACCAGUCUGGUGUUCAAUCUGAAUAUAUACCCAACGAUACGACAAUAUGCCAGUCCGGUCUCAGCGAACACGCCAGUCUGCUUGCAGAGAUCCAAAAGAAACUCAUGCAAUACGAUGAUGUCCUGACCAAAACACGCGAGCUUGCCGAAUUCCAGCGACCAAGCGAACGCGAACGUAGCCACCUCUGCUACUGGAACAAUUACACUAGGCCUUUGUCAGACUACGAGGAGGAAUGGUUCACAAAAAUGCGAGACGAUCUCGUCAUCUUGAAGCCGAGGCGUGAUUCUAGUAAUAUCGACGAAUGGAUCGAGAGAAUUAUGGACAAGAUGCCCCAACGUGCCGUUGCUUACUUCGUCAGGACCGGACCGGACCCUGAAGAACGGGCGCGUUUACGGUUCUACCACGUCGCCCGAGUCCAACGCCUUGCCGUCCUCAUAAUCGUCACAAUCAUCAUCCUCCUCCUGGCUACACCUGUCUCCAUCAUGUAUCGCAUAACAUGGAACAACACUCGCUCCAGCACCUUCCUCAAUAUAGGGCUCUUGAUCGUCUUUUCGCUGUUGUUCUCCGCAUCGAUGGGUCUUCUUACCAAGGCAAAGCGAGCCGAGCUUUUCGCUGCGACUGCGGCAUACUGUGCUGUGCUCAUUGUCUUCAUUGGAAACUUUAGUAGUAAUACGACGUAG